UUGACCACAUCAGCACUCGCACCUAAGCCAUGGAAGAGACAAGACGUUGAAAAUGAGUUGACAGUAACAAGCCUUGAAAACUACCCUUAGAUGUUGAACCGAUCCAUUUCCGACCCAAGGAUAUUGUACACCGACUACGAAUAAUGUCUCUGCUAAGCCCUAAAACUAUCGUGAUCACCACGAUGCCGGGCAAACAGCCCGCCUAUCGCUCCAUGGCUCUCUCGGACAACAUGGACGAAGAAGGGGCACCGAAAAAACGACGACGCUUGACACAUUUGUCAGUUGAAGAAAAAAUGUUGCGAAGGAAAUUGAAAAACAGAGUCGCAGCACAAACAGCCCGUGACAGAAAAAAGGCACAAAUGAGUGAUCUUGAAAUAAAGAUUGCUAAGUUGGAAGCCGAAAAUAAGAAGUUGCUAACAGAAAAUAAAUUGCUGAAAACAAGUUCCACAUCCCUUGUGAAGGAGAACACAGCGCUGAAGGAGCGUCUUGGACAGAUAAAGCCAUCUGUCAGUGUGUCGUGUGGGCGUGUGAGCAAGUCUGAACCCCCCAGGUCUGCAGCACCUGCUGAUCCUCUGCCGAAGGAACAGAUACAGGCUCUCUCCCACGUCCUCAUGAUGCACUACGCAGCAUUCUCCCUAACUCUCAGCCUGAUGUUCUGCUUGGUCUGCUCGAACAACUCCAAGACGAAUCAACAGGCAUCAAGUCGCAAAAGAAAACAAGCACAUCCAGCCCGCUGUCCGUCUGUGCUUCCGGAACAGCCACGCCCAAGCGACCAGUGGGGGGCGUCACCAGCAGAGCUGGAAUCCAUCAAUGAACUGAUUAAGUUUGACCACAUAUACUACAAGGUGGAACCCGGUAGCCAGACUGUUGCCAAGACCAGUCAUGCUUCUCAGACAGCCACAGAGGUCCCAGUGGCUGUGUGCCCUGUCUCGUCUGUCAAAGAAGAGGUCAAACAGGAACUAUGUGUUCCCAUGACAACAGACAGUGAUAGUGAGGCUAAUGUAGCAAAGAACAUCCCAACCAUUUGCAUUGAUGAUGACUCAAGACUUCGGGGGAGUGUGGAGAUUGAGCAGGAAAACAAUUGCAGCAAAUCACGAGGCCAGAAAAGGAAGCACUCUGAUUCAAGUAGCAACUCCAUGUCUCUAGACAAUCUCUCAGUUGAUGACCAUCUGCAGGAGUAUUUCAGUGAUUCCGGGAUCAGUGAUGUUCCAUCUCCAUCGAGUGACAUGUCAUCGUCUCUUGGUGACGAAUCUUGGCAUGAAUCAUUCUCAGAACUCUUCCCGGAUCUGCUGUAAUGAGUGUGUGUGUUCACCUGGAGUGUUCCAGGGUGUUCCAGAUGGACUCGCUAGAGCCUGGAGUUGUUGCCUUGUGGUCAGAGACGCUUCUAUGUGAUAGAGACAGCAGUGACUGGCCCCACUUGUAUAUUGUUUUCAUUCUCAUUCACUCAUCCCCCCUAAUAAAGUGAAAGGAAUUUGGGUUCCA